AUGAAUGGCUUACUUCAUAUUGUAACAGCACAAGCGCCAAGAAAUUUGCUACCAUUACUGAAAGCAGAGGCUUCAAAAAAUUCUAAAGUUGUUGUUGAAACCAAUAUAAAAGAGGAAGAGUUUAGUGGCAAGUACAAUAUAAAAGAGGAAGAAUUUAGCGACAAACAAGUUGUAAAUGGUACAAAAACACCACCUCAUCAAAUACGUAAGAGAACAUAUGCAGAAUUAGAUGAUGAAAUAAAUCUUGAGAAACAUGAAUCAAAAAAGCAUAAAAAUUUUUUAACAAAUGAAUCAAAUCAAAUUGGGAUUAAGAAUAGUUUUCAAGUCAGUGUACAAGAUAAUCAACAAAACAAUCAUGUUCAAGCCAAUAUACAAGCCAAUAUACAACCUAACAUACAAAAUAAUCAUCAGGCUAAUAAUCAAUUGUUUAAUAAACUAUCUAACAUCCAGACUAACGAUCAAGAUAAUAAGCAAAUCAAUAACCAGGCUAGUUAUCAAAUCAAUUAUAUAGAUGAUGAUGAUGAAGAUUGGUAUUUUGAUUGUAUUUGUGGUAUUUCUGGCAUAAAUAUUAAAUACUAUGAAUUUAAACAAUAUAAAAAAGGAUUGAAGGCAGCCGAACAAAUACUAAAAAAAUUUCCGGAACAUGGGGAAACAUUGGCAAUGAAGGGAUUAUUUCUUAAUCAUAUGGAUAGGAAAGAAGAAGCUCAUGAUUUUGUGCGCAAAGGAAUUAGAUAUGAUCUGAAUAGUCAUAUUUGUUGGCAUGUAUAUGGUUUAUUACAUCGAUCUGAUAAAAAUUAUGGCGAGGCCUUAAAAUGUUAUACAAGGGCUUUGAAAUUUGAUAAGGAUAACAUGCAGAUUCUCCAAGAUUAUUCUCUUCUUCAAAUUCAAAUGCGGAAUUAUGAAGCUUAUAAUGAAUCAAAACAUCAUUUAUUAUCUUUAAGGCCAAAUAAUCAAAGAAAUUGGUUUGGUUUGGCGAUAUCUUAUCAUUUACUUGAGAAUUAUGAAACAGCUGAAAAGGUUUUGAAAAGCUAUGAAGAUACAUUAAGGGAAACAUCUAGUCCAAUGAAUUUUGAACGUAGUGAAAUAUUAUUGUAUCAUAAUUUUAUUAUAGAGGAAAGUGGCGAUUUUGAAGCAGCAUUGGUUCACCUAGAUUCUAUAAAAAAUAAAAUUUGUGAUCGUCAAAUUUGGAAGGAGAAAAGAGCACAAUUUCUUUUGAAGUUGGGUAAAUUGCAAGAAGCAACAGAAGCAUAUCGAGAUUUGAUUAAUGAUAAUCCUGAUUGCUAUGCAUAUUUUGAUGGGUUACUAAUCUCUAAAGGGCUGAAUAUCAGUGAUUUAACACCCGAGCAAAGAAAAGAAAUCUUGGAUUUGUUUAAAGAUUUGGCUGAGAAAUAUCCAAAAUCUAAUGCGAUUAAACAUUUUCCUUUGAGUUAUGCUAUCGGUGACACUUUUAGAGCAAUGAUAGAUGAAUAUAUGCAAGCGGCUCUUCGAAAAGGUGUUCCUUCAUUGUUUGUUAAUCUUAAAAAGCUCUAUACUGAUCUACAAAAAGAAAAAAUUAUUGAGGAAUUAAUUGAAGGAUAUCAUCAAAAUUUAAAUAAUAACGGCACUUUUACCCAGAAUGGAACUACCAGUGAUAUCCAAGAACCUCCGACAGCAUAUCUUUGGACUCUUUAUUUGCUUGCACAACAUUACGAUUAUAAACGUGAUGUGGUAAAAGCUCUUAAAUUUAUCAAUAAAGCAAUUGAUCAUACACCUACUUUAGUUGAACUAUAUAUGACCAAGGGUCAUAUUCUUAAGCAUGGAGGUGAUCUCUUAGAAGCAACGAAGACUAUGAAUGAAGCUCGUGAACUUGAUCUUCAAGACAGGUUCAUUAAUUCAAAAUGUGUCAAAUACAUGCUUAGAUUUGAUCAAACAGACGAGGCCGAAAAAACAAUUGGUUUAUUUACCAGGAGUGAUGCGUCAGAUCCAUUAACAGAUCUUAUUGAUAUGCAAUGUAUGUGGUUUGUACUUGAAGAAGGAGAAUCUUAUAUGAGAAGAAGUAAAUUAGGUAAAGCUUUGAAACGGUUCCAUCAAAUUGAAAAGCAUUUUUUUGAUAUAACCGAUGAUCAAUUUGAUUUUCACACAUAUUGUCUUCGUAAAGUUACUCUCCGUGCAUAUGUCAGUUUAUUACGUUUGGAAGAUCAACUACGUUCCCAUCCUUAUUAUUUUCGUUCUGCACAAGAUGCCAUAAAGAUAUAUCUUAAAUUAUAUGAUAAUCCAAACAUUGUCUCUCCUAGUGACAAUAAUCUUGAUUAUGCUAAUAUGACUGAAAAUGAAAUCAAAAAGGCCAAAAACAAGGCCAAAAAAGCCGCAAUAAAAGCACAAAAGGAAGCUGAAGCAAAAAAGGCACCGGCAAAAGAAGAACAAACAAAAAAGAGGAUAGAGAAACCACAAGAUGAUGAUCCAGAGGGUGAAAAGCUUGUUAAGACUAUAAAUCCUUUAGAAGACGCCUUCAAACUCCUUGUUCCAUUACAAGAAUUGUCACAAAAAAGGAUAGAGACACAUUUAUUGGCAUUUGAAAUUUAUAUAAGAAAAGAUAAAUACUUGUUAGCCUUGAGAUCUCUCAUACGAGCAUAUUAUAUUGAUAAGGAAAAUCCUUGUUUACACAAGGACAUAGUAUUGUUUAAUUCAAAAGUGUCGAAUAAUACAAAAAUUCAUGAAACAACAAUUAAAGUUAUCGAAGCAGAAAGGUCAAAAAUAUUACCAGAUAAUAAUGAUUCAUUAAUUCAAUUCAAUAAUGAAUUUUUGGAAAAAAAUAAAGGGUCAAUAGAACAUUUAUUGGCAGGAGUAGAAUCAUUGUUAAUUAUAAAUCCGGAGAAAAAACAAGAAGCUGAAGCUCUUUUAUUAAAAGUUUAUGAAGAUGAAUAUUUAAAUAAUAGAACGUUGAAAGUAUUUUAUGAAACACUUAAAAAUACCUUUGAAUCUCCAAUAGCAGAAGAGUUUAAGAAAAAGUGCCAAGAAUGGUUUCCGAUCUCGACGUAUUUCCGCGAUUCUGAAUAA